GUCCUAUGAAAAUAUAUUGUGACCUUUCUCUCGAAAUUUUGCAUACAUUACGGAUGAAAAUUCUCCAACGAGAGCGUAUUUUAAUAUAAGAGAAAUAAACAUUUCGAUUUGUUAUUAUUGAAAAAUAAUACUUGCAUUUAAUCGUUUUUCAGAUCCGAAUUUAUUAAAAUUUGAUGUCGUUAAUUCACCACGAUCUACAAUGCUAACUUAUUAGAAACUCACCUGAAAUUAUUCGAAAAAUCAAUUAAAUUUAAACGUUGACUAUCUGAAAAAAAAAACAAUCUCUAUCAACUGAAACUUCCUAAGAUCAUAAAACUUAUAUCAUAUUAAAAAAAAGUCCUUUAUUCAAUUUUCCUGUUAAUAACCCGACAAAUCUAUCAUAACUAAUGUACUCAAAAUAUAAGGUCAAACAUGAUGAAUUACAUAAGACGAUUUUUUUUUUCUUAGUAGAAUUCAAAUAAUAUAUUAUGUUCUAUUUAGUGAAGACCGUCUAUUUACAGUGGAUGAUUUCGAAUUUGGUCGACCACUUGGUAAAGGUGCAUUUGGUAUUGUAUAUUUAGCACGACUUAAAAAAACAAAAUUUAUUUGUGCAUUAAAAAUGCUUCAUAAAAGUAAAAUAAAUGAAUAUUCAAUGGCCGAACAAGUUAAAAUUGAAACAGAAUCUGGUUUUAAACUUAAUCAUCCACUUAUUUUAACUAUGUAUGAUGUAUUUCAUGAUGAAAAACGUUUUUAUUUUAUGCUUGAAUAUGCACCACAUGGACAACUUUAUCGCUUUUUACAAAAACUUCGUCGUUUUAGUGAUCGUCUAGCAGCUAGUUAUAUCUAUCAAAUUUGUCAUGCACUUGAAUAUUGUCAUAGUAAAAGUAUUAUUCAUCGUGAUUUAAAACCAGAAAAUAUUCUUGUUGAUUGUUGUGGAAAUUUAAAAUUAGCUGAUUUUGGUUGGUCAACAAAAAUUCGUCAUGCUGAUACAAUGAAUACAACAGCUUGUGGUACACUUGAUUAUUUAGCACCAGAAAUAGUUGGACAUAAACAAUAUCAAUAUCAAGUUGAUAAUUGGUGUGUUGGUGUUCUUGCAUAUGAACUUUUAGCUGGUCGUGCACCAUUUGAAGGUACUGAUGAUGAAACAAAAUCAAAAAUUGCAAAUAUUAAUUAUAAAUUUCCGGAUUAUUUUUCUCCACCUGCUCGACGAUUUAUUGAUAAUCUUUUACAAAAAGAUCCGAAAAAACGUAUGUCACUUCUUGAUUGUAUUGCUCAUCCAUGGUUACAAAAGAAUGCAUAUAAAUAUAUGUUUGGCCCUUAUAAAUGCCCGAUUUAUGUUAACAUGGAUGAAUAA